UACGUAUUCUUUAACUACUAAUAUACGUAAUCCAAAUAUCAGUAGUAUUUAAAUGGUAUAUCACAAUUGUUUUCUUUUUAUCAUGCACAUUGUAAUCCAAUUGCAUAAUUUUUCAAGAGUUAGAAGUUAUCAAAUUAGCUCUCUGUAGCUUAGCAUUCUUACACUGUCUUACCAGGUCUGUCUAUUACGAUGCUAUUCUACUGUUGACAUUUUAUACCUGUUUGCACACAUUUCUGAAAUACGGAAGCAGGAAACGCCUCAGUGCAGAGAAAACGAAAGUUAUGCAAUUGUACAUGUCUCACUACCCACCAAAAUGGCAGGCGCCAGUAUUUCAUGGUCUCAGGAACAAUAUAACUGUUCAAUUUGCCUGGAUCUACUGAAGGAUCCAGUGACCAUUCCCUGUGGACACAGUUACUGUAUGAACUGUAUUAUAGACUACUGGGGUCAGGAUGAUCAGAAGAGAGUCUACAGCUGUCCUCAGUGCAGACAGACCUUCACUCCAAGACCUGUUUUAGGUAAAAACAUCAUGCUGGCUGAAGUGCUGGAGAAACUCAAGAAGACAAAACUACAAGCUGCUCGUUCUGCUCAUUGUUACACUGGAUCUGGAGAUGUGGAGUGUGACAUCUGUACUGGAGACAAAAACAAAGCCAUCAAGUCCUGUCUGGUGUGUCUGGAAUCUUACUGUCAGACUCAUUUUGAACGUCAUGAAGAAUUUCACUCUAGAAAGCGACAUAAAGUCAUGAACGCCACUAGAAGACUGCAGGAGAUGAUCUGCCCUCUACAUGAGAAACUAUUGGAGAUUUUCUGUCGUACUGAUCAACAGUGUUUAUGUUAUCUGUGUACAAUGGAUGAACACAAAAAUCACGACACUGUAUCAGCUGCAGCAGAGAGGACUGAGAAACAGAGAAAAUUGGGUGAGAUGAAGAAAAAAUUCCCACAGAGAAUCCAGGAGAAACUGAUGGAGCUUGAGGAUCUGAGAGAGACUGUGAAGUCUCACAAGCGCUCUGCACAGGCAGCAGUGGAGGACAGUGAGAGGAUCUUUACUGAGCUGAUCCACUCCAUUGAGAGAAGCCGCUCUGAGGUGACACGAUUGAUCAUAGACCAGGAAAACGCUGCAGUGUGUCGAGCUGAAGGAAUACUGGAGCAACUGGAGCAGGAGAUUGAUGAUCUGUGGAGGAGAGAUGCUGAGCUGGAGCAGCUUUCACACACAGAUGAUCACAUCCAUUUCCUCCAGAGUUUCCAGUCUCUCUCUGUCCCUCCUGGAUCUACAGACUCAUCCAGCAUCUCUGUCGGUUCUCAUCUCUCUUUUGAUGAUGUUGGUAGAUCUGUGUCUCAUCUGAGAGAGAAACUGGAGCAUUUCUGCAGAGAGGAGAUAGAAAAGAUAUCUGGCAGAGUAACAUACAUUGAGAUCAUUCCUACCCCUGAACCCAAGACCAGGGAGGAGUUCCUUCGAUAUUCUCAUCAACUCACUUUGGAUUUAAAUACAGUGAAUAAAAAUCUCCAUCUGUCUAAAGGAAACAGAGUGAUUAAAUACUCUCGUAAAGAGCAGCAGUAUCCUGAUCAUCCAGACAGAUUUGAUGGUCGUCGUCAGGUAUUGAGUAGAGAGAGUGUGUGUGGACGCGGUUACUGGGAGGUUGAGUGGAGUGGUGAGAUGGGUAUAUUAGUGUCAUAUAGGAGCAUCAGCAGGAAGGGAUUGGGAGAUGAGUGUGAGUUUGGACGUAAUGAUCACUCCUGGAGUUUGUUCUGCUCUGACUCCAGUUGUUCAUACUGGCACAAUAAGAAACAGACUAAACUCUCUGCAGUCUCCAGCUCCUGUAGAAUAGGAGUGUAUGUGGAUCACAGUGCAGGAACUCUGUCCUUCUACAGCGUCUCUGACACAAUGACUCUCAUUCACAGAGUCCACACCACAUUCACUCAGCCUCUCUAUCCUGGGUUUGAGUUCAGUUCAGUGUGUAAAAGUGGAUCAAAAGUUAAACUGUAUACAUUAUAAUGCUCUUAAUGUUUAGGUGAGAUCUCACAACUUUACAGAGUGUGCACCAAUAAAUAAAUAAAAAAAAAAGCAGUCUAUAAUUUCAGGGUUUAAGUCUAUAUUAAAAGUUAAAAUAUGCAGAAAUAAGGUUAAUGUUACUCUUAAUUUUUGAUACAAUAAGAAAGCAGUUUAUGUUCAUAGAGCACAUCAUUUGUUGUCGGAAAUAGUAAUGUACCGGAUGCUGUUUUCUUGAGAAUUGCUAGGAAAGGUAACCCUGGAGCUUUCUUUGCUGAAAGGCACAUGGCUUAUGACUCAAUCCUGAUUAUUAAUACAUAUUAUAUGAUAGAAAUGUUUGAGUUCACAUCGAGACAUUUGACUUGGAAUACACUUUGUAAAGUUGUUGAGAUCUCUUCUAAAAUUUAGAGAAGACAAAUGUAAGAGCGGCAGUCUUUAGCCAAGGAGAAUAAUCUGAGCACAGUGUGUGAUGUUAUUGAGAUCUCUUAUGAAAUUUUAGAGACGACAGAUGUGAGAGUGUUAGAGAUUUUGUCUCAGGAGACAAGUGUGAGAAGCAUGAAACUCGUGCAAAAGUCUCCAUUUAAUGUUAAAGUAAACUCAUUUCUGUCUAGGAAAAACAAUUGAGAUGUUAAAGAGAUCUAAUUUUUGAUUUUUCAUUCCUAUGGGAAGAGACAAGUGUGAGAAGCAGGAGACUCAAGCAAAAGUCUCCAUUUGAUGUUAAUGUAACUUCAUUUCUGUCUCGCAGAAACAUUUCAGAUGUUAAAGCGUUUUUUUCUUCCCUCUGGGUAGCUUCUAUCUCAUUCAUCCACACCAUUUCAAUCAAGCACAAUACAUGAAUUGUCAUAUUUUAAAUUUAAAGACAGUGUUUUGUUGCAAAGUGAUAACGGAAAAUUAUGACCUAUAUUUACAUGUAUGCAAAAUGGGUAGAACAAGACAAACUUUGCAAUGUUAAACAAAGAACAAAAAUGCAACAACCAUGAAGGACUAGUACACUAGUAUUACAUUUGUUUAAAAGAAAGUAUUUAUCUUAGACUAAACAUCUUACACUUGUCUAAAACCUUGUAUGGAAUAUGCGCUGCAUAUAUAAUGCUUGGCACUGAAGAUAAAUUUAAAUGAGUAACCCUUCAUAUUCUUAAAUGUAUGAUGCUAUUUAAAUGAUAGUUUCAGUAUUUACAAUAUUAUUAAAAAUGUAAAACGUUGCUCCUUAAAUAAAAUUUAAUACAUCUGGGGCCGGUUGCAAAAACUUCUUAGACUAUUCUUAAAAGUUGUUUUUUUUUUUUUUUUUUUUUUCAAGCCUGGUAAUAACUUUUUAAAGUCAGUUACAUAAAAAGGUUGAUCUGUUUAAUUUGUAUUGGAAAAGUAAGACUAAUUGGGAAACCUCUGAAAAGAAACCUCUGAAAAUAUUUUUAUAAUGGAGUCUUGAAAAGUUUACAGCAAGACAAUAAAGAGAUCUCCCAUGUUUCUCAUUUUGGACUCCUUUCUCUCAGGACUUUCUCAUUUGUGUCUACUUUUAUUUCUCAUAAGGAAGUUUAGGAGAAACAUCCGAGACACUGUUGAUACUACAAUGAGAGACAAAUGAGAAUCACAACUAAGUCUCAUGAGCUUAGAAGAAGCAACCUCUGAGCAGUUUGCAGUGAAAUAAGGAAAAUGGUGUAACUAUGAAUUGUGAACAUGUUACUUACCUGUAGGUGAAUGUCACAAAUAUUGCUUUUGAUGUAAUUUUGUGUAUUAUUUUAAAUCUCAGUAAUGAAUUUCUUUCAUUGUUUAUUAUAAUAUUAGAAGUGAAGUAUGAAAGUAAAGAGCCAUUUAUGAGUAAUAAGAGUGCAGAUUCUCGAAGUCAGGUGACAUUAACUCUGAACAGAAUUCCUCAUAUUUCAGCUGUUAGGAUGCCAGUGUGUGUGUGUGUAUCUUCUGUUUCUCAGACUGCUAGUCAUCAUGACUUCAUCUUCACUUACAGCCAAUCACGUUUCUGUGUUUCGAUGCUGUACUAUUUUAUGAAGUCUGGUCAGAAAAUGGAUUUGGUUUAAUAUUUAAAUAGCUUAUGUUUAAAUUAACCUCUCAAUUAGACUCUUCAGAUUGAUGUUAAUAUAACAGAUUGUAUGCCCUGCCUUUCUUUAACACUGUACAGAACGCUGACAUUUAUUUUUAAUAAAAUAUUUUUGUAAAUGUA